GUCCCCCUGGCCGUGGCUCUCCCGGCUCACAUUCCUUGGUCUCUGUGUGUCCGCCAGAAUCUGGAGCAGAAGAUGCAGUUCCUGAACAGUAUUUGCACACUGUGCAGCACGGCUGGAAAGAAGGGCUUGACAGAGAGCCUGGAUGUCUUCUGCUUCCUAAACGAUGUGCCACAGAACAUCGAGAUUCUACUGUGUGAGGAGCCCAGGGAGCAGCUGAGCACAGCACUGAUAUACCACUGCAUCAAUGCUAUCGCUGCCUUGAGUGAAGUGAACGCAAUUUCAGAGGACAAAAUACUACAUCUCUUAAAUGUGUCCUGCAAUGUCAUCUUCUACCUUCCUCCAACGAGCGUCUUGAACGCUUACCUCUACAACCAAACCCUGACAGCUAUGAACAACAUGCUACAGAUCGUGCUAGACAGCCGUCUGUCUAUAACCACUGUCAAUAAUCGGCUGCAGAGUAUCUUCAAGUUGCUGCUGUCCUAUACCUAUUCUGGGAUCAGAAUUGUGCGUGAGAGGACCAUGGAGCAGAUCUGGAAGCUUUGUGGUUUCAUGGCCAGCACUUUCAGGCAGCAGCUGCUUAGAAAAUUCCUCGACCCUCCUCAGACUACAGGCAUCGUCUUUAUGACCCUUGAAAAGACCAUUGCUGACUGCAGCUCUGAGGACAAGGAGUAUGCCAGGAUUAUACUGGACUUGGUUUUGAAAGACCCUGGCACCUGGCUAACAGAAGUGCCAGAGAUUCUGAAGUUCAUCCGCAGAAAGCUGAAAAGCAGCAGCGCGCCUGCUCAGGAGAUCUUCCUGUCAGUGCUUGACGUGCUGGCAUGCCAGUUUCCCACAGAUGUGUUAACAAGCGUGCUGAUCCAUCUACCACACAGUGACAGCACUACCCGGGAGAUCUGGAAGAUGAUGCUUACCAUGCGAGAACCUUCAGAAAAGAUCUUGGAUGAACUGUGCAACCUUCUCCAGGAUGAAGAGCGAUGCAGUAUCACCACAAUGGGGAUGGGCUUCCUUCAUCUGACUGUGCCAGAGAUUCUGGGGUCCAUCCAGAGAAGCCUGGAAAAGAGCAGUGAAUCGCUUCAGAAGACACUCUUCUCACUGCUGGACAUUCUGACCUUCCAGUUUCCCGGAGAUGUCCUGAGGAGUGUUUUGAUCGACCUCCCCCAGUGUGACAGCGUUACCCUGGACAUUUGGAACAGGAUACUUCCCAUGCUGGAAACUUCAGAGAGGAUCUUGGAUGAACUGAGCAAUGUUCUCCAGGACCAACAGUUGUGCGAGAUAUUUAACAUCACCACAGCGGAGUUGGGCCUCCUUCACUUGACUGUGAGUUACUGGACAAGGCAUUAGUGCUCG